GGGGCGGCGGCGUGGGGGGAGCAGAUGCCGCUGGCUGCGAGCGGGACUCCGGCGAGCAGAGCGCAGCCGCGAGGGAGACGCGAAGGAGGCCAGCCGGAGCUGGAGCACUAGCAGCUGCCGGAGUCGGCGGAGCGUACCCGGGCGCAGCCGGAGCCGGUACCGCAGCUGCGAUGGCCGUAGCCGUGGGGAGACCGUCUAAUGAAGAGCUUCGAAACUUGUCUUUGUCUGGCCAUGUGGGAUUUGACAGCCUCCCUGACCAACUGGUCAACAAGUCUACUUCUCAAGGAUUCUGUUUCAACAUCCUUUGUGUUGGUGAGACAGGCAUUGGCAAAUCCACAUUAAUGGACACUUUGUUCAACACCAAAUUUGAAAGUGACCCAGCUACUCACAAUGAACCAGGUGUUCGGUUAAAAGCCAGAAGUUAUGAGCUUCAGGAAAGCAAUGUACGGCUGAAGUUAACCAUCGUUGACACCGUGGGAUUUGGAGACCAGAUAAAUAAAGAUGACAGCUAUAAGCCGAUAGUAGAAUAUAUCGAUGCCCAGUUCGAGGCCUACCUGCAAGAGGAAUUGAAGAUUAAACGUUCUCUCUUCAACUACCAUGACACGAGGAUCCAUGCCUGCCUCUACUUUAUUGCUCCUACUGGACAUUCACUAAAGUCCCUGGAUCUGGUCACCAUGAAAAAGCUGGACAGUAAGGUGAACAUCAUUCCAAUAAUUGCAAAAGCUGACACCAUUGCCAAGAAUGAACUGCACAAAUUCAAGAGUAAGAUCAUGAGUGAACUAGUCAGCAAUGGGGUCCAGAUAUAUCAGUUUCCCACUGAUGAAGAAACGGUGGCAGAGAUUAACGCGACAAUGAGUGUCCAUCUCCCAUUUGCAGUGGUUGGCAGCACCGAAGAGGUGAAGAUUGGCAACAAGAUGGCAAAGGCCAGGCAGUACCCCUGGGGUGUGGUGCAGGUUGAGAAUGAAAAUCAUUGUGAUUUUGUGAAACUUCGAGAGAUGCUGAUCCGGGUGAACAUGGAGGACUUGCGAGAGCAGACUCACACCCGCCACUACGAAUUGUACCGACGCUGUAAGCUUGAAGAGAUGGGGUUCAAGGACACUGACCCUGACAGCAAACCCUUCAGUCUUCAGGAGACAUAUGAAGCAAAAAGGAAUGAAUUCCUGGGAGAACUGCAGAAGAAAGAAGAAGAAAUGAGACAAAUGUUUGUUAUGAGAGUGAAGGAGAAAGAAGCUGAACUUAAAGAGGCAGAGAAAGAGCUUCAUGAGAAGUUUGACCUUCUAAAGCGGACACACCAAGAAGAAAAGAAGAAAGUGGAAGACAAGAAGAAGGAGCUUGAGGAGGAGGUGAACAACUUUCAGAAGAAGAAAGCAGCGGCUCAGUUGCUACAGUCCCAGGCCCAGCAAUCUGGGGCCCAGCAAACCAAGAAAGACAAGGAUAAGAAAAAUGCAAGCUUCACAUAAAGCCUGGCAAGCCAAGGAUGUUCCCGCAUUCACCUGCUUUUGCAGUAAUAUCGUAUCUCUGCCAUGUGUGUUCUUUAUUUUUAUUUUUAUUUUUAUUUUUUUUUUACCCUUCUUCAAACACCAGUAACUAUUAUUAACUCGUUUGCUGAAUGUUGUUGGGUGGUAGAAAAUGAUAGAACAAGGGAAUAACCGCAAAUGCUCUGUGCAGCUGGACUCUGUUUCCGGAAAGUAAAUGAUUUGCUUUUUAUGCCUGUUCUGAAUGGCAGCACGAAGCAGGCCUGUUACUUGUAUGUCGCUUUGGACAGAGGAAAGUGGGGUAAAAUGCUACCUGUACGUCUGACAUGAAAACUUCUCACCGCCUCAGCAGCUGAACUAAAAACCUGAAUAGCCUUGACAAGAGUUUGCAUUUUCUUGAUGAUUCAUCUCCAUGAGUGCACAAUCCCUGAACUCACUGUCUUUUCUCCACACUUGUCCCAAGCCAAGGUAGAUUUGUAUGUAGACAGAUGGGUGAGCAAGCAUUAUAUUUUAUUUUUACACUUGCAUGACAUUUUCAUUUUAAUCAGUAGCAUUAUUUGGCCUGAGCUUGUGGGUCUGUUCAGACUGUCUCCUCUCAUGGUUUGAAACCGCAUCUGAAUGCCUGCCUUCAAAUCCUGGCCAAGUUGGAGUAGAGUAGACAGGCAUGAGAAAACUAUGAUUAUGUUCACAUUUACUGGUGCAUCCUUGAUCCUCUCACAGAUAGAUGUCUUAAAGGUUGAAUCAUACAACAUUGGUUAGUAGAAGAACCUUCUACUAAGGAUGAUGGGCUUUCUACAACCUGCUUACCACUAACAGUAAGGAAUCUUUCAUAAACACACAGUUUAUGAAACACACAGUUUGUUCCCAGUGGGCUUAGAGGGAGGCCCUGAUGACUGAUUCCAGGAUACUUGUACUUCUAAUGAAAUUUUUCCCUAAUCAUGAGAAAAUUUCCACAGAUACUUCCCUUAGAAAAUUUGCUAUAAACUCUGUAUCAUUGGUAGCACGAAUUUGAGGGAGACCUUGUCCACUCUAAGGUGGAAAUAGGAAGGACCACAACAUGACCCGUAAGUGAAGAAGGUAGACAUUUCCUAUUCAGCUUCCUUGCUUAGUCUCCUUUCAGUAUUUGGCAAUAAAAGAAAGAAGAACUAGAACAACUGAAGUCUCAAAUCAUUGUCUGGAGUAUUCUUCACCUUGGCUAGCUCCACCUGCUCUUUGUCUAAGGUCCUUGCCUCAUCAGGGACUGGAGCGGACCCACAUGCCAGAACCUAUCCUGCAUGCCUAAUUUGUAUGGAAAAGUGCAUAUUUCAUCUCUUUUCUAUACUGUUCCUUUCUGAUGCUUAUCCCUUCAUCUGUGUGAUUGUGUUUUUCCCCUCUACUAACAAGAUCCUCCCAGCUUUCUCUCUACAUGUAGAAAGGAUAACAUUGCUCAUGAACCCACUUCCCCUCCACAUUUUCCUCACUGGUUCGAGAUUAAUUAGGAUAGAAUAUGCUGCAUCUCCCCUGACACACACUUUCUUUUUUAAAUGAACAAGUCUCUAUUUUGAUUUCAGCAAAGACUUUUUCUCUUUCUCUUUGUCCUCAGCCAUACUUAGAGGAAAGAAGGAAUGGUCUUCCAUGAACUGAUUAUGCUUAAUUAAGCAAAGUAAGGAAAUUAGUUUCGUGGAAGCCUAAACAAAGCUGGAAUAGAAACUACACACUAGACACAGCAGCAGUCAUAGUCUUCACACGUUUAGGAGCUACUGGACCAACAUCCUUGUUUUUGCUUCUGUUUUUUUUAAAUAAUUCUAGUCUGGAGCUAACUGUGGAGCAGCCGAAUAGUAGCUGGCAUGUUGAUUCAAACCAUGGGCUGAAUUUGCUCAUAGGCUGUGCAUCAGACAAAAGCUUGAGUAUUUGUGUUGUAUGCUUGUUCCAACCACCGCUUGUGUGAGCAUUUUUGUGGCUCGUACAGAAAGUACACUUUUAAAUUGUUUCUUGCAUCACUAAAAUUUUUUUUAAAUAAGCAUAACAGCGAAAGGCAUCCAGCUGACUUUUUGAUUCCAAGAUUGGAUUGACUUUUUUGCAUUAAAAUUUUCCCAGCAAAAUAAAUCAUACGGCGAGUCAGAGAAUAAAAAGUCAAAAGAAACAAAUAGAAGCUUUUUUUUUUUUUUAAUGUAUUGCUUCUGAACUUUUUUCUGCCACUGCUCCCCGGCCCUGUUUAGUUUGUUAUUGCUGCUCUUCUUUUUUCUUUCUGUAUCUAUGCCUUUUUUCACAGUAGUCCUUGGCUCUGCACGGAAUAAAUGAUACCCUCAAAUCUAAUUGGAUGUGCUUUCGCCUUUGCAUGUAAGUACAGUAGUAAGAAACCUUUGAGAUCUUUCUGACUUUUCAAAAUUAGAGAAAGCAAGUGGGAUGGAUGGAUUUUUUUUUCUUUUCAAGGGGGACAGGAAGGUAAUGGUUUGAGUAGCCUUUGUUUUUGUUUUGUUUUAAAAAAAAAACUAAAUAUAUUUAAAAGGCCACAUUUAUAUUUUUUUUCACAAGAACCACAUACUAAAUUCCACUUCUUGACCUGAAUUUGGAAAUCCGAAAUUACCAAUCCAGGCCAGUUGUGGUGGCUCAUACCUGUAAUCUCAGCACUUUGAGAGGCUGAGGUGGGCAGAUCACUUGAGGCCUGUAAUCCCAGCACUUUGAGAGGCCGAGGCAGGCAGAUCACGGGGUCAGGAGAUCAAGACCAUCCUGGCCAACAUAGUGAAACCCCGUCUCUACAAAAAAUACAAAAAUAUAGCCAGGCAUGGUGGCGCGUGCCUGUAGUCCCAGCUACCUGGGAGGCUAAGGCAGGAGAAUUGCUUGAACUUGGGAGAUGGAGGUUGCAGUGAGCCAAGACUGCGCCACUGCAUUCCAACCUGGGUGAUGGAGUGAGACUCUCCAAAGAAAAAAAAAAAAAGAAAUUAUUAAUCCCUGCCUGUGCUCUACAUAGCCUCAUGGGCAUCACUGGAUAGUUCAGAGGGCCCUUGAGUCCGGCAAAGCAAGUAAAUCCAGAAUGAGAAAUUACCAUCUUCUACUAGAGAAAACCAAGAGAAAAAAUUUUAUGCUAGGAUGCCUUUAUGACCACUUAAUUUUUUUAUCUUAGUCCAGUGGUCUCUCCCUGGUGCUAACUGCUGACAGUGGCCACCUCUUUUUUGGGGGGUGAGGGGCCUACAUAACUCUAGCUGGCCUUCCCUCACAUCUUUUGUUAAAACAUAAUGGCCAUCUUUUUGCUUCUUCUGAACUUUAGAUCUCCAUAACACACGUACUGUAGAAUGUGAUGGAGAAGCAUUGAUGAGAAUUUAUGGGCAGUUCAGACUGUGUUUUCCCAACUUAGGCUCUUUAUAAAUUGGUUAAGGUUUUCUCCUUUUAAAGGGCAUUUCAACAAUGGGAAUUAUUUAAUGUAACAGUGGGCACAGAUUACUUAUCUUCCUUCUCUGCUUUGUGACUCACCAGCAGUAACACACACUGUCCACAUCUUGUGCACCUCAAAUGAACAGACUUGGUUUCCUUGCUUUCUUGACAUUUCAUGACUGUUUCACAUACAAACUAUUGAGUGAGGUUUUUCAGCUGUUACCGACCCACGUCCUACUGUCUCUGUGUGGUCCUGCAAAAACUGUCCAUUCCCACCCCUUUGCUUUGCCAUUUGCAAGUGUCUGGAAUUGUCAAGUCUGAGCUUUGAAAAGUCCUGGUUCCACUGACAGGACACAUUCGUUAGUUGGAAUUAAGACCUACAAAGUCUAGUUUGUAUGUAGGUAUGAAGGGAAUUUUUUAAAUAAAUUGAAAAGCUGUGAACAGCAGUAGAACUUUGUCUAUUUCUUAAUUUUAAAAUAUGCUGAUAUGCCUUAAACUGUAGUUGUAGAUCCUUGUCAUUUUGCUGUUUGAAAAUAACCAAUGUGUUUUCUAAAACUGUUGUGUAAUCUACUUUCAGUGUUAAUGCAGAAUUGUCAUAUAUGUAAGCUGCAUGUUAGACAUUUGUCUUUUUUUAAAAACUAAAGUAAUUGUAUUGAUGUGAAGCAUAUCAUUUUUUCAAAUAUGAAAGUAAUCACUUAGCAACAUGCUUGGUAAUUUGGCAUCUGUUAAGGUAGGAGAGUGGUGAACAGGUAAUCUAUGCAUAUAUCACUAGUGCCAAGACAUAAAGCGGGGGAAAAUAUAUUUUUACCCAAACAUU